AUGAAUGGGUACUCAGGGCAUGGCCUGGAUGAAGAUGCAUUCGGGGAAAAGCCCAGCUCGAAGGGCGGCUUGCAAACAUUCGAUGCCUUUCCGAAAACCAAGCCUUCCUACACCACGCCCUCGCGCCGCGGCGGACAAUGGACCGUUCUGAUCCUCGUCGUCUGCUCCAUCUUCUCGUUCUCGGAAUUCCGCACCUGGCUCAAAGGCACCGAGAACCAGCACUUCAGCGUCGAAAAGGGCGUCUCGCACGAUCUUCAAUUAAACCUUGACAUCGUCGUCCAGAUGCCCUGCGACGCCCUGCACAUCAACAUCCAGGACGCCGCGGGAGACCGGAUUCUUGCCGGUGAGCUCCUCAAGAAGGAAAAUACUAGCUGGAAGCUGUGGAUGGAGAAGCGAAACUACGGCUCUGGCGAAUACCAGACUCUCAGUCACGAGGACGCCUACCGUCUCUCCCAGCAGGAGGAGGACGCGCAUGUCCACCACGUCCUGGGCGAGGUGCGUCGCAACCCGCGCAAGAAGUUCCCCAAGGGCCCGAAGCUGCGCCGGAGCGAUGCAGUCGACUCGUGUCGCAUCUUUGGUAGCUUGGAGGGUAAUAAGGUGCAAGGGGAUUUCCAUAUCACUGCUCGAGGCCAUGGAUAUCGGGAUUUCGCGCCGCAUUUGGAUCACGGCACCUUCAACUUCACGCACAUGAUCACCGAACUCUCCUUCGGCCCUCACUACCCCACCCUCCUCAACCCUCUCGACAAGACCAUCGCCUCCACCGAAUCCCACUACUACAAAUUCCAAUACUUCCUCUCCGUCGUCCCCACCAUCUACUCGAAGGGCUCUCGCGCCCUAGACAUCUUCUCCGGCGCUCCUCCCUCGCAGCAAACCCACUCCAACUCCAAGAACCUCGUCUUCACGAACCAAUACGCCGCAACCACCCAGGCCGACGAGCUGCCCGAAAGCCCCUUCUUCGUUCCCGGUAUCUUCUUCAAGUACAACAUCGAGCCUAUCCUGCUGAUGAUCAGCGAGGAACGCACCUCCUUCCUCUCCCUGCUCAUUCGUCUCGUUAAUACCGUCUCCGGUGUCAUCGUCACCGGGGGCUGGAUCUACCAGAUUUCUGGAUGGGCGACUGAAUUGAUGGGAAGGAGACGCGCGAGGAAGUCCGAGGGUGUCUUGACGGGGAAACAUGCGGAGGAAUGA